AUGAAGAACUCCAUUCCAUCAGACGUGUGGGAGAGAAAAAAGGCAUUGAUUGCCUCCCUCUAUAAGGACGAAGAAUGGCCACUGAAGCAAGUUAUCAAGAAAAUACGCUCAGAAGACUUCAAUCCAAGUGAAACCCAGUUACGAAGCAGAUUGAAGAAAUGGCGUGUGACCAAGCCAUCUCGUCAGACAAGAAAGAAAUCCCACGAGGAACCUGUCCGAGAUGACAGUGGCCGUGAGGAAGCCUCCCCAAAGCGACAUUCUAACAACCCUUCUCUGGAGACCCAAACGCGUUCUCAGCCACAAACAACGACGACGGACCUUUCCGUUACCGAGCCGGAAUGGUACAUGACGAACGGGGUCUACGAACACCAUAGUUUGCCGACCACGAUAUCCCUUGAUGGACCGAAUAUUCCGAAUAUUUGGGCCUCUACCUCGAGCCAUCCCUCGCCCCUAAGCCAGCCAAGCAAAUCCCGCGUGAGUUCCACGGGAUCUUUGGUGAUUUCAACCUCCAACCCCUACAAUCCGUCCCAUACUUCACCACUAGUGGACGGUGCGUUGCUCAAUCCCACCCCGGCCCUGACGCCUACGUUUCCAGACGCUUCCUAUGAGUCGUGCAUACAAACUCCUGUGUCGGGCCCAUCCAUCCAGUGGUCCGUACCACAGUGGUACUCUUUACCUCUCACCGCAGGUUCUCGCGGCCCAUCUAUUCCAUAUUACACCGCAGCUCCCCUGAGCCCACCAAUCGACCCAACGAUGCACAUGAUGCACCCGCCAGCUGCACCACAGUUGUCCGAGUUCCACGAAAGACCCAAAUCAUGGAAGCGUAAUAUGUCGAUUCCAUAUGGCCCAGAGAUCGAUGGCCAUACGCAAGCGAGCCAAAAGAGAUCCAAGUUUCUUGAAAGAAAGACAUCGCUACCGUCUAAGAUCUCUGCGAGCCAAGCCUCAGCAGGCGUGAUGACGCCCAGAUCUCCAUUCUUUCCUCAUGGACAGCAUUCUAUCCUGUGCUCACCAGGGUACCAUUAUCCAGGGGCCGAGCCUCUCGUACAUAGGCCUCAUAGCAUUGACUUUUAA